AUGGCGCAAUCACGGUCCUAUGCAGCGACUGCACCAACUCACGUCGAAUCCAGUGAUGACCUUGCCUACAUUGCAGGCAGAUUACUGAGCACUGAAGACUAUCCGCUUUGGCGUGUUGGCUGCAGGCUGGGUCUCGAGGAGGAAGCCAUGUUUUUGCUCCUGCUGAAGGUGAGGGAAGAGCAUCAAAUCCGUUCUGCGUUCACGUGUGGGUCGCUGCGAGGUUGGGUCUACCUGGAGGCCCUCAUGAAUCCAAAUCUCAUCCACCUCCUCGAGCGGACACCCAGAAUCAUUCACACCAAACAGGGCAUUGUACAGCACGGAAUCAAACCCUCGGAUUGGCUGCGAAUGUUGACAAUGACAAACCCUGACACUUCCGUGGAAGUGAACCAGUGGGUCCGAGUCCGUAAGGGAAUCUACAGAGGCGACGUUGGCCUCGUUGUUAAAGUAGAAAGUUGGGGAGUAGAAGUGCUCCUGGUUCCCCAUCUGGCGGCACCCAUUAUGGAGCCUUCAUUGAAGCGAAAACAAUCUGUUGUUCCCCCCAAACCAGCUUUAUUUGAACCCAACGUCAUCAAGUAUCUCUACGAUAUCAAUCCCAUCCAAAAAUCCAACAGAUCGUACACCUUCCGUGGACUUCAUUUUGAACACAGACUCCUACAGAAACAUUACGACUUUCACUCACUCGCCUCUACUGCUGUUGACAUGCCAUCUUACUUCUUCCUUCUGUUCAAAGCCAGCGACCACCCCAGCCUUCACACAUCCAGAUUUCCUCGCCCUCGAGAAUGGAUCUUCGAACAAGGCGAACGUGUUAUCAUCCGUUCUUCAGGCAAAAGCGGCGUAGUGGCUGUCAUUGGAACUAACAACUUGGAAGUCGAUCUCGGAGCAGAAAACGGUAAAGAAAAUUUUCCCUGGAGUGAUAUCCAGAAGGAUGUUCGCAUUGGGGAUUCAUUACCGUUACAAGCGGACAACUCCAUGGCACAACAGGACACCGAUCUCAGCAGUUCCCUCAAGGAAUUCGAAGUCCAUCAGAAUUGGCUGAAAGUUACCACUGCCCCGUUCCUCUAUGCAUCGCGCGCACCCAGCCAAGUCCUCCCACUUUUCAAAGACCAAGUGCCAUGGAUCAGCACCUCUGUCACUAUAUUCAGAAUUGGUCAUCCUUACAAGGGACAUUCUGGCGUCGUCAAAAAUGUUCUCCGCAGCCAACCAACAGAUAGCGGGCUGAGAAUCGAGAUGCAACUCACCUACCUGGAUCCCUCAAAGCCUUUCCCACUCAUCAUUGUCGACUAUGGUGAUGUCAUUGAAACAAUCACCGCGCUACAGCUGUUCAACUACGCCAAACCCACAAGCAUGCUCUUCAAGCUGAAUGAUUACAAGCCAUGGCCUGCACUGUUGCAGGUGUCAACCUCUGGUGGGCCAACUCGGACUCCUGCACCUGCAACACCUGGCUGGAGUCCGUCUUUGCAACCCAUUUCAUCAACACCUGCCUGGGAUCCUUCAUCACGAACACUGAUUUCUUCCCCCAUGUCACCCAUCACCACCACCAGCAGUACCACCCUGCCGCUACAAGAAUUGCCUCAUCAUUUGCUUUUGGACCCAUGCCUGGUUGGCACAACCCUAAAGAUUAUUGUAAACAGUGGUAGCUACAGUGAGGAGCUUUCUGUCACCAUCGAUGAGGUCGACGGACAGGUCAGCAUCCGCCAUGUUGUAUAUAACAAAUUGACUGGCCUUCCUCCAGAGUGGGUCUCACCGAAACAUCUGAAUGCGACACAUGACAAUGGACUUCUUGUUGUCGUCAAAGGCAAACACUGCAGCAAGUAUGUUCAACAAAUCCACCAUAGGCACCACGAUGGACAGGUGCUCAUGAACUUGGCUGUUGUGAGGAGGUCACCCAGCACAGCGGACACACUUUUGGACAAACAACUGGAACUUACGAUGGACUUUCUUUGUGUAGGCUCAGAAUCCAAGGAGGAGAAGAAGCUGAAUAGUUCUCUAAUGACCUCUCUACAGGAUGAUGUGCGCAAACUAGCUCAUGGAUAA